UACAUAUUACUCUCCUCAAAGCUCCCUAUGUGGUAUUAUACUAGUUAUGUUGUUAUUGUUAAAGAUAGGGCGAACAAGAACUAGCUAGGAGAUGUGAUUAGACAAGACAUGACACAACUUUAGUUUAUUGAGGAUCUGACUGUAGAUAAGAGGUAUGAAGGUCGAGGACAAUGGUAGAAAAUUAGUAGAUAGGCAAGUGUUGGGGUGAGAGAGGUAGAGGGAUAGCCUUUCAUUCCCUUCUUGGCCUUACUAGUAGUAUUAUUUCGUAAUCGCAUAGUUUCGUAUUCUAUAAUGUGUAUUACUAUGUGUUGCUUCAUUUGAUUUGUAUCUUCUUUUUUUUGUCAUUUUGCCUGCAAUUCUUUUGAAUAGAGAGUUUUAUUGAAAAAUAAUUUUUCUACCCACAAAGGUACAUUCUAUCCUUCUCACACCACUAGUGAGAUUGUACCGGGGUUUAUCAUUGUUGUUUCUUAAUCUCUGAAUUUAAUACUUUUAAUCUCUCUUCAUAUUUAUUAAAUAAUGACGAAGGUGGAAACUAUUGACGGAUGUCUUAAUUUUCUAAAAUAAUAAAAUAACAAUUAUUUUGGACAAUAAUGUAAUGUAGGGAGUAUUGACAACUAAAAUGGACAGGAGGGAGUAGUUCCAAGAUGCCUAUAUAUUUGGAGUUCCUACUUCUUGUAAAAUAUGAAAGUUGGGUUUUCACAAAAGAUGGGUGUGUCAAGAAUGGGAUAUUUUGGGUGCAACAUUCUUGUUGUUCUGGUUUUGGUUCUGAAUGAAUCACAUUUAUGUAAUGGUGGAGUGACCAGUAGUUUUGUUAGAAAAGUUGAUAAGACAAUUGAUAUGCCUUUGGAUAGUGAUGUCUUUCGUGUCCCUCCUGGAUAUAAUGCACCUCAACAGGUUCACAUAACACAAGGAGAUCAUGUGGGAAAGGCUGUAAUUGUUUCAUGGGUGACUAUGGAUGAACCUGGUUCAAGUACAGUCGUAUACUGGAGCGAAAAUUGCCAGCAAAAGAAUAAGGCCAACGGAAAAGUUACUACCUACAAAUUUUAUAACUAUACAUCUGGUUACAUCCACCACUGCACCAUCGAAAAUUUGAAGUUCAAUACCAAAUACUACUAUAAGAUUGGGAUUGGGCGAGUGGCACGAACCUUCUGGUUCACAACUCCUCCAGAAGUUGGGCCUGAUGUACCCUAUACAUUUGGUCUUAUAGGGGAUCUUGGUCAGAGUUUCGAUUCAAACAAGACACUCACACAUUAUGAAUUAAAUCCAAUUAAGGGGCAAGCAGUGUUGUUCGUAGGUGACAUAUCUUACGCAGAUAAGUAUCCGAAUCAUGACAAUAACAGAUGGGACUCUUGGGGAAGGUUCGCAGAGAGAAGUACUGCUUAUCAACCUUGGAUUUGGACCGCAGGAAAUCAUGAGAUAGAUUUUGCUCCUGAACUUGGCGAAACAGAACCAUUCAAGCCAUACACUCAUAGGUACCAUGUCCCGUAUAGAGCAUCAGGCAGCACAUCUCCACUUUGGUAUUCAAUCAAGCGAGCUUCAGCAUAUAUCAUAGUUUUAUCCUCAUAUUCAGCAUGUGGCAAAUACACUCCUCAAUAUAAAUGGCUUAAGAAAGAGCUACCAAAGGUUAACAGGAUCGAGACUCCGUGGCUGUUUGUUGUUGUGCAUGCUCCAUUGUAUAACAGCUACAACAAUCACUAUAUGGAAGGGGAAACCAUGAGAGUAGUGUAUGAGCAAUGGUUCGUGAAGUACAAAGUGGAUAUGGUUUUUGCAGGUCAUGUUCAUGCUUAUGAGCGAACGGAACGGAUAUCUAAUGUGGCCUACAACAUUGUCAAUGAAGAAUGCACUCCUAUUCCUGAUCAGUCUGCUCCAAUUUAUAUAACGAUUGGUGAUGGAGGAAAUCUUGAAGGCUUAGCUACCAACAUGACAGAGCCACAACCAAAUUACUCUGCAUUCCGCGAGGCCAGUUAUGGACAUGCCACUAUUGCUAUCCAGAAUAGAUAUCAUGCUGUUUAUAGUUGGCAUCGUAAUCACGAUGGAUGUGCUGUGGAAGCUGAUAGGAUAUGGGUUAACAACCGUUUUUGGUAUCCAUUUGAUGAAUCCACAACAGCCAAAUCAGGGUGAACAUACACGAGAUUUAUCUUUUUCUCUUCCCUUUUUCUAAGCAAACUUCUGUAAUUUUGUUGCUUAGCCUGCGACCAAUAAAUUUCAAGCUCUUGCUGUCUCAGAAGUCAUUGUGACGAAAAUGAAAUAACUCCAUGAAAGAAAAUUGGAUGACAUAUAUAUGUUCAUAGUUUACUCAUUUAUCCAAUUAUGAAUGUGAUUUAGCUUG